ACAUAGGAAAUACAAAAAUUAUAUUUUAUAUCCAUUAUAAAAUGUUUUUUAGAAAAAUAUGUUGUGAUUUUACGCAGAACAACGUAAUUAAAACGAGAAAUAUACGUUUUUAUAGGAACUUGGCUAGCAAUCUUAAAGAUAACGUGAACAGAGAUGUAAUACUACAGGCCUUUGAAAGCGUCCAAAUAAACUCUGUUAAGGACUGGACGAACGUAAGAAAAGCCAUCUUAGAACACGAACUUAACCGGGGACAAUACAGCAACAACACUAUCGACGCUAUGAUACUGGGACACUGCGUAAAAACGAGACAGUUCGAUUUGGGCGCUUCCUACAUUACGUUCCUCAACCAGGAGAAAAUCAAGCCUAACCUGGCGACCGUAGGCAAAUAUUUAAGGUUAAUCUAUCUCAAAAAUCAAGACAGUUGCCUCGAAAGCGGUAAACCGUGUAAGGUAAGUGAAGAAAAACUAAUCUUUAAGCACUACGAAGACCUGCGGAAGGACUAUCCCGUACUAGACUCUAUUUCCCUCGAAAAUAUUACUUGUGCUUUGUCUCUCACCACGAGGUGGAGACAGUGUUUGGAUUUAUUGAAGGAGAUUAAAGUCAGUGUCGUUCCCUCUUCUACCGCUUACAGCACCGUCAUAGCGUCAUGUUUUUCACGCAACGAAGAAAGUUUGGGCUGGGAACUCCUACGAGAGAUGUUGGAAUACGAGCGGGUACCUCAAAGUGUCGCAUACCUGGCUUAUAUUAAAUCCGUUGCGAAGAUAAGGAAAAAGACGGAAGCCCUCGAGAAACUAGAACAACUAUUCCUAUUCCUCCAAGAAAACAAUCUAAAAUGCGACGAGGAUGUCGGCGCUUACAUCUGCCAAACGGCAAGGAAGCUGGGUUACAGAAGCGACUUUACUAUUGUUACGCACAGAGGCCUCUGUAGGAGCUGUUCCCGAACAUUAAACAACUUCGACUUAACCGACGAAGACUUUAACGAGCUCAGAACUAAAGUGUUCGAAAAGGUGAUCGUAGGCCGUGACGUUUUCGUAAAAACUAGCCCCGAGGAACUCGAGAGGUUCAAGAAUUUCGCCGCGAGUAUGGGACAAUUUGACGUCGUCCUAGACGGGCUAAACAUUGCUUAUUCCGCUGGGACGAAGCAGCAGCCCUUCGUAUACUCGUCUUUAGUGGCUUUGGUGGUCUCCCACUUUGUCCAGAAAAGAAAGAAGGUGCUAGUCCUCGGCAGAGCCCACAUGAACCGGUGGCCUAAGAAGAACUGGGGUUACGUAACGCAGAACGCGAGCGUCUUCCUCGCACAGGACAUUUCCCAAGACGACCCUUACCUACUUUACUGUGCUCUCAACUCGGGCAAGGACACGGUUAUCGUGACGCGGGACUUGAUGCGCAGUCACAAGUUCCUCCUAAGGGACCCCAGGCUCAAGAUGUUGUUCGACAGGUGGCUGUCGCAGAGGCAGUGGCACUUGCUCAGGGUCGAUGAAAGGAAAGGGCCCAUUUUCAGGAUACCACCACCUUUCAGUAUCGUGGCCCAGUGCAACGAUGGAACUUGGCACAUACCGUACGAGACUGAUGCACCCAAAGACAAGAACGAAUUCCAUUCGACGUGGCUGUGCCUCAAGAAAUAAUUUGUAGAUUGUACAUAUUGUAAUUUUUAAUUUAAUGUUUCGAUAUAAACAUUUGAGAAUU